AUGGCCGGAUUACUGGGCCGAUGGCUUCUCCCCCUGGUGCUACUCAUAGGUGUAUCAACUGCAGAAUGUCCAAGCUACUCCCGAUACUCGCAAGAGUACCACGAGCCCUUCUCCACGGGUGGCCACAAGCUCAGCUACAUGCGACCGAGUCCCGAAUGCCGGACAUUCAACUCAAGUGGAGUUGAGAAGGCCAUCACGAAGCUCAAGGACGUGAUCGCGGACCCAGAUCUCUUUCGUCUGUUCGAGAAUACCUUUCCGAACACGCUUGACACGGCAAUUAAAUGGCGUGGUACGGCCAGCAACAACAGUGACGAGGAACUAUGUUUUGUGAUUACCGGCGAUAUUGACGCCAUGUGGGUUCGAGACUCUGCCAACCAGAUCGCCCCUUACAAGGCUGUUCUCAAACAGAAGACCGACGACAUUGCAUCUGUCUUUCGAGGGACGCUGAACAUGCAAGCUCGGUACCUCAUCCAGUUUCCAUACUGCAACGCCUUCCUGCCACCAGAAGAGGCUGGUAUCAACGCUGGAACCAAUGGUGCGAGGUAUAAGGUCACUCCGCCUUACGAUGUGAAUGUUGUGUUCACCUGCAACUUUGAGUUAGAUGACUGGGGUGGGUUCCUUCAACUGAGCCAUGAUUAUUACAACAGAACGCAGGACCUUGACUUCUUCAGCAAGUUCCAAUGGAUCCCUGCUGUACAGUCCAUCCUCAAUGCAGCCAAAGACAUGCAAAGACCAACCUACGGUCCGGAUGGCGAGUGGAUCCCUCCGGCGUACACCUUCCAGUCGUAUACCAUGUCUGCUGCUGGCACCCAAGGCAACAAUGGCUUCAACAGUCCAGUCAAUUACACUGGGCUGGUCCGUUCUCCCUUUCGACCGAGCGACGACUCCGCAAUCUACGACUUUGGAAUCGCUGCAAACAUGAUGAUGGCCCGCUAUUUGGAUUCGACCGCAUCGAUCAUGGCCAAGCUUCCAAACGCACCGAAAGGCCUGGCGGGUGAGAUGAGAGACCUUGCGAACGACAUUCGUGGUGGGAUCGAGCAGUGGGGUAUCGUGAGGUCGCCCACUGGGCAGAAGAUCUACGCCUACGAAGUCGAUGGAUAUGGCGGUCGCAAUCUUAUGGAUGACGCCAACAUCCCUUCGCUGCUCUCUGCGCCGUUCUUGGGGUAUGUUGACAGGAACGAUCCACUGUAUCUGCGAACUCGCGAUUUCGUGCUCAGCAAGAUGAAUCCGUGGUACUGCAAAGGAAGUGUCAUCAGUGGCGUGGGCAGCCCGCACAUCAGACCGUGUGCAGUGUGGCCGAUGUCUUUGAUCAUGCAGGCUUUCACGACGGAUGAUUACUGGGAGAUCUUCGCUGCCAUCAGGGAGGUCGUGGGCUCCACCAGCGGGUUGGGACUGAUCCAUGAAAGUGUGGAUAGCAAUGACGAGACGCAGUGGACACGGCAGUGGUUUACAUGGGCUAACGGCCUCUUCGGCCAAUUGAUUAUGGAACUUUGGGAAGAAAAGCCGGACAUCCUUACUGAAGGCUUUCAACCCUUCCGGUAUGAGAACAAAUCUAUGUAA